GGUGACGUCAGGGGCGCGCCGGACGGUGGCUUGAGAGUCCGUGCGUUCCGCGUGGGGCGGCGGCGGCGGCGGCGGCGGCGGCGGCAUGGAGCGGGACCCCGGCCCCGGGGGCGCGCGCCGGGCGCUGGGCCGCCUGCUGGAGGCGGUGCUGGCGAGUCGCCGCGAGGCCAACGCCGUGUUCGACAUCCUGGCCGUGCUGCAGUCGGAGGACCCGGAGGAGACCCAGGAAGCGGUGCGCGCGUGCAGCCGCCUAUUCGGGGCCCUGCUGGAGCGGGGAGAGCUGUUUGUGGGCCAGCUGCCCUCUGAGGACACGGUCAUGGCAGGGUCCCAGGGGGCGACGCGGAAGUACAAGGUGUGGAUGAGACACAGGUACCACAGCUGCUGUAACCGCCUGCGGGAGCUUCUGGCCCACCCCUCCUUUGAGGUCAAGGAGCUGGCUCUCAGCACGCUCAUGAAGUUCGUACAGCUGGAGGGAGCACAUCCCCUGGAGAAACCCAAGUGGGAGGGCAACUACCUGUUCCCUCGCCAGCUUUUCAAGUCGGUGGUGGAAGGCCUGCUGUCUCCGGAGGAGGACCACUCGCUGCUGGUGUCCCGGUUCCAGGCGCACCUAGAGCACGACGACAUCCGCUACCACACGAUGCAGGCGGCCACGGGCGUCGUGGGCCAGGUGGCUGACGGGUGCCCCGAGGUGCCGCCUGCUUUCUGGAACAACGCCUUCGCGCUGCUGUCUGCCGUGAGCCUCCCCUGCCAGGAGAUCAGCUCCUCCAGCUUCUAUGUGAAACACGCUGAGCUGUCGCACAAGUGGAAGGUCGCUCAUCUGAAGGAGCACAAGAAGGCCUUCCAGCUGAUGUGGCUUGGCUUUCUCAAGCACAAGCUGCCCCUCAGCCUGUACAAGAAGGUGCUGGUGAUCAUGCACGAUGCCAUCCUGCCCCACCUGGCCCAGCCCACCCUCAUGAUCGACUUCCUUACCCGCGCCUACGACAUGGGGGGCGCCAUCAGCUUGUUGGCCUUGAACGGACUUUUCAUCCUGAUUCACAAGCACAACCUCGAGUACCCUGAUUUCUACCGGAAACUCUACGGUCUCCUGGACCCGUCUGUCUUCCACGUCAAGUAUCGGGCCCGGUUUUUCCACCUGGCCGACCUCUUCCUGUCGUCCUCCCAUCUGCCCGCCUACCUGGUGGCUGCCUUCGCCAAGCGCUUGUCCCGCCUGGCGCUGACGGCGCCCCCCGAGGCCUUGCUCAUGGUGCUGCCCUUCAUCUGCAACCUGCUGCGCCGACACCCCGCCUGCCGCGUGCUGGUGCACCGCCCGCCGGGCCCCGAGCUGGAUGCCGACCCGUACGAUCCUGCAGAGGAGGACCCGGCCAAGAGCCGCGCCCUGGAGAGCUCGCUGUGGGAGCUGCAGACCCUCCAGCGGCAUUACCACCCUGAGGUGUCGCAGGCCGCCAGCGUCAUCAACCAGGCGCUGUCGGUGCCCGAGACCAGCAUCGCACCCCUGCUGGAGCUCACGGCGUUCGAGGUGUUCGAGCGGGACCUGAAGAAGAAGAGGGGCCAGGAGCCGGUGCCCCUGGAGUUCCUCCCGGCGCAGGGGCUGCUGGGCCGGCAGGAUGAGCUCUGCGCCCAGCACUUCACGCUCAGCUGACCCUGAGCGCCCGCUCCCCGCCCCCACCCGUGGUUUUGUCGGAGAGAGACGGGGGUGGGCUGUGGGUGGCGGGGCGGAGUCCGGGGAGCGCUGGCCUGUCUCCUGACUGCUCCGGCGGCCGGGUCUGCGGGCUGGUGGUCGCAGUGCCGGCCGUGCACGGAGGGCGCCUCGUGUCCACCCGCGGCCCCCCACGCCUGCCCCCCGCCUCUGCCCUCCUCCGGAAGUCUCUCCCUUAGCCGGAGCCCUGGUGGCUGCUGCCAGCCCUGUGUGACCCCCGGGCCCCUUCCGUCCGAGCGUCUGGGCCACACCCCCUCCCUGCUGCAGCUGGGCUGUGACCUGGGAGCGACAGCGAGGGUUCUCUGUCCCGGUUAGUCGUGGGCAGCACGGAGCGCAAGCCACCUGUUCCCAGUCGAGCUGAGGAGGACCUACCUCCUUGUCCCGUGGUGCCCGUGGUCCCAGGGGCGCGGUGGGCGUGUCUGCCCCACGAGGGGCAGUUACGGGUGGAGCCGCCUGAACCGUCGCGGCCCCGAGUGGCGUGGGUGCUGGCAGCUGCAGGCCGGUCGUUUGCUGUGUUUCCGGGUUCUUUCUCCAAGGGCCCGUUUCUGCCGGGCGAGCUUGGUCCCCCUCCGGCGUGAGUCCAGCUUCCUCUUAAAAAGCGUCUUGUUUAGGAAGAGUCACGUGAGUGAUAGCCGCUCCCGUGGGCUUGGGGGCCUGGCGGAGAUGCAGGUGUGGGUGCAGAGCCAGGGAGGGGGCGUCCCUGGUUCUGCAGCCUCUGGCCUGAGCCCCCCCUCCCCGCCCCCACAGGAGCGCUUGGAGUCACGGCAGGCAGUGGUUUGGCCGCUUGGGUCUCUAGGGAGCUGCCCCGGUGGCCCGGGACCCUUGUGUGCCCGGUGGGGACGCUGGGUGAGGGGUGAAAGGGUGCUGCUUCUACGUACACCUGUGUGGUUUUGGGGAUGCUAGCACCCCGUCCCCUGGUGGUACCGUCCUGGCCCCAUCUCCAGUCCGCUUCUGCCCCCGGGCCUUUGCGCUGCCUUCUCUGCAGCUUUGCUGUCUGCUCCUACCUGCGGACCCCAAGCCAAGGGAGGCCUCAGGGAAGACUUUGCCCGGCAGCCCGUCGGUAACAGCUUCGGGCAUGCACGUGGGGCGCCGCCUGUUCACGGCCCCGCUGCCGUCGGUGCCCCGUGGACGGUCCCUGCCACCCUUCCCAGAGACCGAGGGAAGCUCGUCACGACCUGGUCCUCGUCUGGUCCCCGGGGCCCGGGACUUACCCGGCACAGAGGAGGGGCGCAUACGCGUCUGUGGUAGAAGGGCCCGGGGGUCCUGAGCCGCCUGCUUCCGGCAGAGUUCGGCACGUCCGAGGCCGUCCCGGCCCCAGCUGAGCCCCGGCACGGGGACACCGGGGGGCAGCCCUGGAAGGGCCGAGGCCUCACGCUGACUGAGAGAGAUGUCAUCCUGUUUUUUAAAGUAAAACUACAGAACUCUCAGCAAGCAGGUUUUCUCGAUUGUUGCAGCAUCGUGUGCUGUCGGUAGCCUUCCUCCUUCCAGCGGGUCCGGGGCUCACCCCUGCACACCCCGCCCGCAACACCCCCUCCCCACCGCGCCUGGGCAGCUGCGCUUUGUGGUGUUUCUCGACCUCUGGGCCCCAUGGCCCCGUGGGCAGGGGGCUGAGGGGACGCAGGGCGGGGACAGAUGGAGAAGAGCGGCAGGGAGGCGCCCCUGGGACCUGAGCACCUGAUGGCCGUCAGGGCUGGGCUUUCAGGGGCUCGAGAACCGUCUGGGAUCUGAGUACAAGACCCCUGGGGCCCGGGGUCUGCGUUUGCAGGGGCUCCCAAGCUGGGGGGGGGGGUGGGGCAUGGUGACUGGAGGUCUGCAGGCGGCGCCCCCUGCGCUGAGGGCCCUUCUCCCCGGCAGCUCCCAGCCCGCGGCCCCGGGGCCUCCGUGUCCUCCCGUGGAGCCGUGUCCCGCCUUGACCCCCUGAGGCGCUGACGGCCGGCGUCAUGCGCUUCAUGGUCUGACUGCCGUGGGCUCCGCGAUGGCAGAGCCGUGUGCCUUGUCCCCUUGUCCGCGAGUGUCCCAGCGCCCGGGACGGCGGCUGGCGCCUGUGUUUCCUCCAGCUGAUCUCUCAGAACCGGCCUUCCUGGGGGGCCUGGCCCAAGGCGCUGUGGGUUCCCUACAGCGCAGAGGACUCUGUGUGGGGCCUUGGGGGGAACUGACCGGGACGGGGGGGGGGGUGGUGGGGGACGGGUCCCCGGAGCCCCGUGGGCGGCAGGGGGGAGCGAGCGGCUCCAGGCUGCACCAGGACAGCGGAGCGGUUAUUUCCUCUCCUGUGAACCAACUGCCUUUUCCCCAAUUAAGGUGCAGUUCUGGUUUUGUUUAUCGUUUUUAAAUUACAAACGCAAGGCAAAGCUAAUUACGAGUUCCAGUGACACUCGGGCUCUUCCCUGCGAACCUCUCGGCCUUGGUGCCUCCCUCCCUCUCUCUCUCUCUCUCCACCGUUCGUGCCCUCAGGUGCCAGCACUGCCACCCUAGGUCCCCGCCCGAUGUUGACCCUCCUCUCUCUGCUGUGAGCUCCCCUGCCACUCAGCGGUCCUCCUUGCUGUGCUCCCUCUCUGGUGCCCACGCAUUCACCUGCCACAAGCCCACGGCAGCCACCCUCACCCCAGGAGGCCACCCGGCUGGGUCUGCACGAGUUUGUUUGCAGCUGGGGACAUCACACCCUAGCUUGAGUCAAAAGUUUUUAAAAACCAAUUUUGGGGGGAAUUUGAAAUACUACCUUUUUAGUAGAAGUGUGUUCUAUGCAAUAUUUGGGAUGUACUUAUCCUGAAGAUUGAGAAGAAACCCACCUGAUAUGAAUGAAUCAUUUUAAAGUGUGUGA